UAUUCUUAAGAAUUCAGUUGCGUUAUAUUUUCAAAAACAAUUUAUUAAGAAGACGUUUUAGUUAUUAUGGUGCAAAAGUAAAAAGAGUAAGAGUACUUAUCACGGUUAAAUUCAAUUGGCAAAAUUUAUAUCUAUUAGUUUAAUAGUAAAAAGAAAUAUACUGGCAACAAUACAUCAUUUUCGCGUUCGGCAAGCGCAUGUUGUUAAACCUAUUUCCUGUUUUCUAAAAAACACUAAAUUGUGUAAUAAGAAAAAGGGCAAUUUUUAAGUAAUAAGAAACCGAAAUUAUGAAUACUGUGAAGAGGGUUUGUUGUAUUGGAGCUGGUUAUGUGGGUGGACCUACAUGCUCUGUAAUGGCACUCAAGUGUCCUGACAUUACGGUGACAGUAGUAGAUCAGAGCUCAGAACGUAUAGCACAAUGGAAUUCCGACAAACUCCCAAUUUACGAACCCGGACUAGAUGAGGUCGUUAAAAAAUGUCGUAAUGUAAACUUAUUCUUUUCAACGGAUAUUGAAACUGCUAUUAAAGAGGCGGAGUUAAUAUUCAUAUCAGUCAAUACGCCUACAAAAACCUUUGGUAAUGGCAAAGGUCGUGCUGCCGAUUUGAAAUAUGUAGAAGGUGCUGCUCGCAUGAUUGCUGAUAUAGCCCAAUCUAAUAAGAUAGUGGUUGAAAAAAGUACUGUACCAGUGCGAGCGGCCGAAAGCAUUAUGCAUAUACUACAUGCGAAUCAAAAACCUGGCAUACGUUAUGAUAUCCUUUCGAAUCCGGAAUUUUUGGCUGAAGGUACUGCGAUUGAAGAUCUUUUGCACGCAGACCGUGUACUUAUCGGUGGCGAGGAGACCAGAGACGGUUCUAAAGCUAUAGAUAAACUUUCGUGGAUAUAUCAACAUUGGAUACCUAAAGAGAAUAUACUUACCACGAAUACGUGGAGUUCCGAACUAUCAAAAUUAGCUGCUAACGCUUUUCUCGCUCAACGCAUUUCGAGUAUUAAUUCAUUAUCGGCAGUGUGCGAAGCAACGGGAGCCGAUGUAUCUGAGGUGGCGCGGGCGGUUGGCUUAGACACACGUAUUGGCUCAAAGUUUUUAGAAGCGUCUGUUGGAUUUGGGGGAAGCUGUUUUCAAAAAGACAUACUCAAUCUGGUAUAUAUAUGUGAAGGACUAAACUUACCAGAAGUGGCAGCAUAUUGGCAGCAAGUCAUUGAUAUGAACGAAUAUCAGAAAAACAGAUUCUCGCAGAAGAUUAUCGAAAGUCUUUUCAAUACGGUCUCCAAUAAGCACAUCUGCAUUUUGGGGUUUGCUUUUAAGAAAAAUACGGGUGAUACUCGUGAAACAGCUGCCAUUACAGUAUGUAAAACUUUAUUGGAAGAGGGGGCCAAAUUGGAUAUCUAUGAUCCUAAAGUCGAGCCGGAACAAAUCAUAGAUGACUUAACACAUCCCUGUGUUACAGAAUCUCCUGAAAGUGUUAAACAAGCCGUACAGAUACACAGCGAUCCCUAUAGCGCUGUCAGAGGAACACAUGCUAUUGUCUUGUGUACCGAAUGGGAUGAAUUUAUAACUCUUAACUAUCAACGUAUCUAUCAGUCUAUGAUGAAGCCAGCUUAUGUGUUUGACGGCCGUAAGAUUCUUGACCAUGAGCGUUUGCAGCAAAUGGGUUUUCACGUGCAAACUAUAGGCAAAAAAUAUCAUCGCAGUGGCGUAUUGCGUUCCUGGGGCAGUGUGCCUCAAUUGUAGAAUUUCACUUUGGGGCACAAAAAACAACUUUACUAAUGUUUAAAUUCAAAGCUCUUAUUCACAAAACAAUCACAAAUGUUUACGUAUUAUUCAAUUUAUUCUAUUGUAUACGUUCCGGCUAAUUGAAUAGCGGAAGAUAAACAACUGCUGCACAGUAUUGAAUACAAGUAUAUACUCUUUCUUCGUUUUUUUUUUUUUUUUUUUUCUUUUGUUAAAGAUUAUUAAUUUUUUUUUUUUUUCAUUGUUCUUUGUGUGUAUUGUAAAUAAACGAGUAUUUUAUCCGACCUAUAUAUCAAAAUAUAUAUAUGUAAAGUAUAAAAUAAGACGAUAAAUCACGAUUACUUAAAUGCAAAAAUAACGGGGCAAUACUUAGUUUCAAUACAUACAUAUGUACGCAUUUAUUGUUUCUGGUACGCAGGAGAAAUAAUAAUAAUUUACACAAGUAUUAUAUUGCAUAUUACUGACUUUAAUUUGAAUUAUUUCAAGCAAAAAAAAAACAAAAAACAAAAAACAAAAAAAAAGGAAUAUUAAGAACAAAAAACAUCAUAAGAGAAGGACUAUUUUUACAUAUCUACAAAGUAAAUAAACGUAGAAUAAUGA